AUGGUUGAACAUCAUCCCGUACAGACGAGCGCCGUCUACCUAUGCGGCUCGGCGCAACGCCCACUCGUCGCUCCCCCAUCACCUCCUUCCCCCAUCACACCAAACGCGACACGGCCCGCCACGCCAAUCGAAGAGCUUUGCCUAGACGACGAACCAGCGACAGACAAGCUUGUUGCUGCUGCCGAUGCCCACGCAAAACAAAGAAUUGCUGGGGCAGUUCAUGUAUUGAAUACCGAGGCAACGUCCUUGCGGAAUCUUACUCAUCUAUACGAAUCGGAUCCGACCACGGCGGAAGGUUUCAACUCAGCUAUAGAAACCAUUACAAGAUAUAAGGGAGGACGGGGCAAAACCGUCUUCAUCGGAGUGGGAAAAUCGGGCCACAUUUGUAAGAAACUUGUGGCCACGUUUAACAGUCUUGGCGUCCAUGCCACAUACCUCCAUCCGACCGAGGCUCUGCAUGGCGAUUUGGGCAAGAUUGGUGAACACGACACCGUCCUCUUCGUCACAUUUUCUGGAAAGACACCCGAAUUAAUCCUCCUCUUGCCACACAUCGAUGCGGACUUACCCACCAUAGUGCUCACGUCUCACACGAAACCCGACGAAUGCGAGUUGAUACGACAGCGUCCGGGCAUGAUAUUGGUCCCGGCUCCAAUUCAUGAAUCGGAAAUGGCAUCUUUCGGGGUUUCUGCACCGACAACAUCCACUACAAUGGCACUUGCAGUUGGCGAUGCCCUAGCUGUGGUUGCAUCGCAGGAGUUACAUAGCAGCGUCGCGGCACUGUUUGGACGCAAUCAUCCCGGUGGGGCUAUUGGUGCCACAUACCAGAAACCGCAACGCAUAAAGGACCUGAUCAUUCCUAUCUGCGACAUCACGUCGGUUUGCUCAUACACUGAAGACAUGCGAGGUGCCGACGUGCUCAGAGCUGGCUACGAUUCUCCUACGGGAUGGGUGCGAUACGGCGACUUACUAGCCUCGCCUUGCCGCAUCCGUCGGCUCGACAGUCUGGACCUAAUCAAGCCAACCCGUGAUAUCCCAUGGCUCGGCGCAAGCCGGGAAGAAUGGAUCACUAUUGCUGCAGACACACGUAUAUCGCAAGCAUCUGAGUGGAUAAGGGAUAUGCGGUCGUCUCCAGAAGACCCCUGCGACGAGCAUUCCAUUCUCGCUGUUAUAGAUGAGAAGGAUAUUGUUGGCGUCUUAGAGGCGGGCCAGCUAUUAGGGUGGCGAGACUGA